CUAAGUAGAAAAGAGAGUGUUGUGAGAAACAAACACGAUGGAGAUGGAGAAAUACAACCACAUAGCUCCUCCGUCCCCGGAAGAAAUCCCCGUCAUCGAUCUAAGUAACCCUAACAAAGAUCUCGUGGCACGUGCCGUGGUGAAAGCGAGCGAAGAAUGGGGGAUUUUCCACGUGGUUAACCACGGGAUCCCCCAGGAGCUGAUACAGCGGCUAAAGGAAGUGGGAACUGAGUUCCACGAGCUUCCAGAGACUGCCAAGAAAGCCGUAGCGAAGCCAGAAGACUCCACAGACAUAGAAGGAUACACAACCAACUUCAAAGGUUGGGCUGAUCAUCUCUUUCACAGGAUAUGGCCACCGGAGAGAAUCAACUACAGUUUCUGGCCUAAGAACUCUCCAGACUACAGGGAGGUGAAUGAGGAGUAUGCAAAACAUAUAAAGAAGUUGUCGGAGAAAAUCAUGGAGUGGUUAUCAGAAGGCUUAGGGUUACGUCGUGAGGCUUUUAAGGAAGGUCUUGGAGGUGAAAAGGUGGAGUAUCUGAUGAAGCUCAUCUUCUAUCCGCCGUGUCCGGAUCCUGGUUUGAAUAAUGGAGCUCCUGCUCACACUGAUUUUAAUGGUGUCACGUUCUUGAUCGCUAAUGAAGUGCAUGGACUUCAGGCAUUCAAGGAUGAUAACUGGAUCGACGUCAAGUAUGAUGAUUCCAUGAUCCUCGUCAUCAUUGCCGAUCAGUUUCAUAGGAUGAGUAAUGGGAAGUAUAAGAGUGCGGAGCAUAGAGCUACGAUGGAUACAAAAAAGACAAGAAUCUCGUGGCCGGUUUUUGUGGAACCUAACCUUGAUCAAGUCGUUGGACCUUUGCCUGAACUAUUCUCAGGCGAUGAUACUGCUCCCAAGUUCAAGCCCUAUGCCUACAGCGACUUCAAAUUUCAUGUGAGGUACGGUCUGCCUCUCGACUGA